AUGGCAAACAUGUACUACGUACUACGUAUGACACCGUUUCCUGAGCACGACACGCUGGAGAUUUAUCUUCCUUCCUCGCCUCAGAACCGGAUGACCAAUCAUUCGCAUGCUUCACCGUCGCUUCGCGCCGCGCCGCCGCUGCUCAUGCAUGACAAUAGCUUUGGCGAAGGCAACCGCAAGGUGGCAAUUUGCACCUUGAAAUUUGAAGCGCCGAGCUUGGACCCCCUCCAUGCGCGGCGACGGCGCUCUCGCCGACCCAGAGCUGAGCGCACUCUGUUCUUUGCACAACUUCCAUCACCAUCGCGCAGACCACGUUGCCUGAACCUUUCUGGGGGCAAUUCGCUCUUCGGUGAGGACGCUCCUCCUUCAGUUUCCAAUUACGACCGCUGCAAACAAGUGCCGCACUCAACGAACCAGCCAACCCACGCCAUCUCAUCAUCCAACCAAGCGGCACCACCCCACGUGUUCGAAACCUUCGCGAACGAACCUUACACCCCCCAAAAUUCGGCCGCGACCAAGAGACGCCCCCUUUCCCAACCAGCGCAGCCCCACUCGACCGCCUCAUUCUGGAAUUGGACACGCCCCCCACUUUUGUUAGUAACAACCACGACCAUGGAUAUCCGACGCCUUCUGCACAACCCGGACGAUGGCGGUUGGUACAUCAUCGGUGAGACCAAGAGCGAAGCCGAGAUGAACGAGUUCCGCCGCUCACUCAAGCGCAACGCCAUCAUCAACACACACCUUGUGAACUGCACCAUGAACCACGGAAACCUUGGCGUGAACACCGAACACAAGAUGAAAGUCCAAUGGACCAAGUGCACCUCUGCAUUGUGUCAUCCCAAGGGCAACAACCAGAACGAAUUUGACGAGCAAGGCAAGCCACGGGCGUGUCCCGUACAGGUGCGCAUGUCCACGUGUCAACUCACGUUCGCCGGCAUCAUUUGCCAGGCGUACCAGCACUUGAGUGAGGAACACGACUCGGCCGAGCCCCUACAGUCGUCUGUUACUGAGGAGAUGAAGACUCACAUUGUGCGUAUGUUGCUGGAGAACCCCGAUGUAAAGCCCAUGGCAAUUUACAAGGAGCUCACGGCACUGCAUGAAAAGGGUGCGUUCGGCGCAGACCUCAUGCCGACCAAGAUUCAGCUACGCAACGCUCUCACAUAUUUAAGAAGCCGAAAGCUCAAGCUAUCGAGUGGCAGUGGUGGAUCUACGGACGGUACUCCCCGGAAGCGAAGAUACAAUUCGUUCUCGGAUGGAAGCGAGUCUCCACCACUCGAGGAACACCGCCAGCCAGAAUAUUGAAAUCCCGACUAGUUUUUUUUUCCAACUCACUUUGCUGACGACACAACACCACAGCGGUGGUCGUCAACGGGGACCCCAGGACGCACCCCGACCUUAUCUAUCGUGUCUGCCCGCCCAUUCGUAGUCGACUACGAGAUAAUAGGCCCAAGGUCGAGGAGGCAACUUAAUCAAGAUGCAGCACGAAGGCUGCCAGGUAUAUUACAAUAGACGACACCGUUUGCCAGACA